UAAUAAUACUAAAGUAGACAAUCUAAUUGGAAGCUUGACUUGUAACUAUCAAACAUGCAGUUUGUCAGCAGGUGACGUCUUGUCAUGGGGGUUGCACUGACCAGAGCAGCACAGUGGACGACAGCAAGUUCAGGGUCUGUCAAACUGGAGAGCACCCCAAUGAACGAGUCCUUGCUGAAAGACAUCCUGAGCUUUGUGGAACAGUUCAGCUCUAGACACCCCCGGGAGGCAAAUCAUGUGUUCAAGGAGCCUUUGCAGUGGAACAGCUCGUUAGAGGCAUCUGAUUUCAAAACAGAGUACACCAUCCGUGGACACGAAGUGGAGUCCCUGGAGAAGGACAAGGACGGACGUCCUCUCUUGCAGCUCUCUCCUCCCUCCAUCUCCGUGUGCAGCUUUGGGCAGCUUUCUAGAAUAGUCCAGUUGGCCAAUGAUAAGGGGCUGAAGGAGGUCAGAGCUGGUUUAGAAGCCAACAGAAAACCCCUGGUGAAGAUCCUCGGCGAGAGCUUGGCCGCCGUGGCGGCUGAGGACUCCUCUGUUCCCCUGGAGAAGGUGGACAAAGGGCACCAGGCCCAGGAGACCGGGGUCAUGCUGCUCUCCCUGCUCCGCCAGCUGGACACUCAGCUCCUCCGCGGCUCCCUGGAACACGUCUCCCAGGAGGCUGGACUCGGCCCCGCCGCCGCCGUUAAGAAGGAUGUCGAGCUGUUGAAACGCUUCUGCAGUGGAGGAAAGAAAAGGGUGUUGAAGUCUGUUCAAUACACAUCAGACUAUGAGUUCACCAACGGCUGGCGCGCCCCCCCCUGGAGACAGGUGCAUGGGGAGAUCUGCUACCUCCUCAUCGCGCCCUGCGACACGGAGCCUCUGCACGUGACCUGUGGCACGACCGGAGUCUUCCUCAACGGGGGUAUAAAGCGGGAAGGAGAGGAGAAUGCUUAUGACAGAAGCAGUGACGUGUAUAAGGACCUCGUAACUCUUCUGAGAAGCCGCUCUCCCCAUUUUGCUGAGAACAUUAACACGCAGGACUUUGCAGUUCAAGAAGAACCUCCGUCAACACAACAGACCCAACAUGUGGAAUCGGUUGACGCGGAGGAACAAGGCCAACCCCAGAGGUCUUACGAGCAUCAGGAAAAGAAUGUGCAUGAGAAGGGGAGACAACAGCUUUCGCCGAACAAGCCAGGCGGCAAAAAGAAAUUAGAACCAUCUUUGAAAUGGAAGAAUCUCGGCCUCUCCCCGCCUCAUGAGGAAGGCGAAAACAAGAAAUCCAAGAAGAGCGCGGGCCUGGAGAUGUCGGAAGAGGCGUCGACCCGACCCGAGAGCAAGAAGAAAGCCAACUUCUCGCUGGCUUCCUCUCCGGGUCGCCAGUCCUCUCAGAAAAGCAAGACCCACGGAGGAGGCCAGGGCACGGAGGACUUCAGCGAGAGCUCGUCGGAGAGCGAGGAGGACGAGGAGCAGCCGGAGCGACGUCCGGAGAGCAACACAGACCUGCCCUCCGAGUACUGGCAGAUUCAGAAGCUCGUCAAGUACCUCAAGGGAGGCAACCAGACGGCCACUGUGAUUGCUCUGUGCUCCAUGAGGGACUUUAAUUUAGCGCAGGAGACGUGCCAACUUGCCAUCCGGGACGUAGGUGGCCUUGAAGUCCUCAUUAACUUGCUGGAUACCGAAGAAAUCAAAUGCAAAAUUGGCUCUCUGAAGAUCCUGAAGGAGAUCAGUCGUAACUCUCAGAUCCGGAGGGCGAUCGCUGACCUGGGGGGCUUGCAGACCAUGGUGAAGAUCCUCGACUCCCCAGACAAGGAUCUCAAGUGCCUGGCGGCCGAAACCAUCGCCAACGUGGCCAAGUUCAGGAGAGCCAGGAGGACCGUGAGACAGUAUGGAGGCAUCAAGAGACUGGUGGAGCUGCUGGACUGCGUGGCGGACCAGGCGGCGCUGACGGGGGAGCAGGACAAGGAGGUGGAGGUGGCUCGCUGCGGGGCGCUGGCCCUGUGGAGCUGCAGCAAGAGCACCAGGAACAAGGAGGCCAUCCGCCGGGCCGGGGGAGUCCCCCUGCUGGCGCGCCUGCUCAAGUCCCCCCACGAGGACAUGCUCGUCCCCGUGGUGGGCACCCUGCAGGAGUGCGCCUCCGAGAGAAGCUACAGGGUGGCCAUUCAGACCGAGGGCAUGAUCGAGGACCUGGUCCAAAACCUCAACUGCGAGAACCACGAGUUGCAGAUGCACUGCGCCAGUGCCAUCUUCAAGUGUGCGGAGGACAAGCGUACCCGGGACCUGGUGCGUCAGUACGAGGGCCUGCAGCCCCUGGUGACUCUGCUGGCCGAGGCCAGCAACAAGCAGCUCCUGGCCGCCACCACCGGAGCCAUCUGGAAGUGCUCCAUCAGUCCAGAGAACGUGGCUAAGUUCCAGGAGCUGAAAGCCCUGGAGGCGAUGGUGGGUCUGCUGACUGACCAGCCUGAGGAGGUUCUGGUCAACGUGGUGGGUGCCCUGGGGGAGUGUGCCCAGAACCCUGCCAACAGGACCACCAUCCGCAAGGCCGGCGGCAUCCAACCGCUGGUCAACCUGCUGACGGGCACCAACCAGGCGCUGCUCGUCAACGUCACCAAGGCCGUGGGCGCGUGUGCCACCGAGACGGAAAGCAUGGGGAUCAUCGACCGCCUGGAUGGGGUUCGCCUGCUCUGGUCCUUGCUGAAAAACCCCAAUCCAGAUGUCCAGGCCAGCGCUGCAUGGGCCAUCUGUCCAUGCAUCGAGAACGCCAAGGAUGCCGGGGAGAUGGUGCGUUCCUUCGUCGGCGGAUUGGAGCUGAUUGUGAAUUUGCUGAAAUCGACGAGCCAAGAGGUGCUGGCGAGCGUGUGCGCCGCCAUCGCCAAGAUCGCCAAAGAUGAGGAGAACCUGGCAGUGAUCACCGAUCACGGGGUCGUCCCCAUGCUGGCCAAGCUGACUAACACAGCCGACGACAAGCUCCGCUGCCACCUGGCCGAGGCCAUCGCCCGCUGCUGCAUGUGGGGCAGCAACAGGGUGUCGUUCGGCGAGGCGGGGGCCGUGGCGCCCCUGGUGCGCUACCUCAAGUCCCCCGACACGGCGGUCCACCAGGCCACCGCCCAGGCCCUGUUCCAACUCUCCAGGGACCCCAACAACUGCAUCAGUAUGCACGAGAGCGGCGUGGUCAAGCUCCUCCUGGGUAUGAUGGGCUCUACUGACGAGGCUCUCCAGGAAGCAGCGGCCGGCUGCGUGGCUAACAUCCGUCGUCUGGCCAUGGCCAAUGAGAAGGCCCGAUACGGUUAACAGCACCAGGAAGCAGGAACACACACACACACACACCCCACCCCCCACCACCUUCCCCAGUCCCAGUCCCCACCCUCCCUCUCAUUUCUCUGUGACCUGAGGUCGACCUCCCCCCCCCGACACAGUGUGGGCACAGAUCUAGGCCAGCCACCGUGCCCACACUCUCUCCCCUCUGCCGUCGCCCUUCUACACAAUAACAGGGAUUCUAAUCAAACCCAGAGUGGUGAGUGAUGCCUGGAUAUUUCUCUUCUGCUCCUCCUCGGCCACAGCAGGAAGCCUUUCUUUCUUUCUCUCCUUCCGCCUCAAUCUGAAACGAUGAUUUCGUUUCGGCGAAACAAUACAAACUGUAGCCAGACUCGGUGCUGGGUUUUGGUGGCUUUGCCGUGCCUGAUUUGAGAAAUACCAAUUAAACCCUUUCCUCCCCUCUUUGCGUCUCCCUGUACCUCCGCACGUUCCUGAGAGCUAAGCAGUGCACCCUACGCUCCGGUCACAUUCCUUAUGUAAUCCACCAGAGACACUGAUACCUAAGCAGGCCCCACAUCUGGCCGUGUGAACUCCUCACGUCAAGCCAGCAUGGGGAAACACACAAACAAUACACAGACACACGCACACGAGGCAGACAGACAAACAUAGUAAUGACUUGUUGUUCAUCCCGGUCAUUACUGUAUGUAUUAGUUGAGUUUAUGUUUCUCCUCGUUCCAGAUAUUCUAGUAAAUGUGAAACAAUCGUUGUAAAUUCGAUCAACGUUGACGUAAAUGGGCAAGAUUUUAGCGUAACUUUGGAAAAUACAAUCGAAUGUCGGUUGGAAAAAACAUAUAUGGGUGAAUAUGAAUUUAAACAUGUAAUUGGUAUGAGCAUUCUCCUUAUUAGUCCCAAUUUUCUUAAUAUGUGUUUCUGUUGCAUUAUGGGUUGAGUUACUCAUUAUAAAUAAUGAUAACAAUAUAUUUUCAAAAUGUCCUCAUUAUUUUUGUCUGUAAAACGAGCUAAACAAAUAACAGUUUGUGGGCAAGGGGACCACCUCAGACCUGAAACACCAGUAUGGCAUCUGGACAACAAUACCCAGAAAGUAAUUCACAGGAACUUUCUGGAAGACAAAGUCUCUGUUGACUUUUUUUUAUUAUUUUUUUCUCUCCAAAUGAUUACAUGAACGUGUAAAUAGAUGGAAAUAGAUGUCUAGACUAGUGCUGUGUGUGUAGACUGUCAGAAAUCUGCGGAUCGUGUUUGGUGUCCAGUGUGUCCAGUCCAAACAGGCCAUGUCGGUUUCCAUUGUUUCACAAAGCAAGCUGCAUGCAAUGCUGAACUGGCCCACCUUCUGUCCGUCUGUCUGUGUCUGUCCGUCUGCCUGUACGCCUGUCUGUCUGGCCGUCUGCCUGUACG